GGUCUGGUUACACUCUUGUCAAACGCAGGGCGCAGGUGAAAGAAAAAAGUGGAUUCAUUCGCAGCCAGCCAUAAGUGCAGAAAAUAUACAAAAGAAUUCCGAUUCUGCUCGAAAUUUCGCGAGUAUCAAUAUUAUAUCGACAAAGUGUAUUAUCUAAAGACGUGAUUUGAAUAUUAAACAAUACCAAUUGUUUAAUAACAGUGAUUUAAAAGUUUUCGCAAGCGCAAGAAGAAAAAAAUUAACGACAGAACAAAAUGAGUGCUGGUGGCAUGGGAGAGAAAAGAAAAUUGUCUACAUCGGGCGAUUCUCUAUAUCAAAUAUUAGGACUUCCUAAAACAGCUACGGCUGAUGAUAUUAAGAAGACUUACAGAAAAUUAGCACUAAAAUACCAUCCAGAUAAAAAUCCAAAUAAUACCGAAGCCGCCGAUAAAGUAAGUUGGAAAUGUAGCAUGUGGUUGCGAAUAAUUUAUUUAUUAAUGGCAUUCCUAAGAUCUCAAUCAUUUAUAAUUUUAAACUCAAUAUUUUUACAUCUACAGGCGCUAGUUAUUUGCUGCACUAUUUUGACUGGCUGUUGCUGCUGCUGCUGCUGUUGUUGCUGCUGCAACUUCUGUUGUGGCAAGUUCAAGCCACCAGCGAACGAGUCCCACGAUCAGUAUGCGCAUUUGAAUCGUGGUGGCGAAGGGGAUAGAGAGCCUAGUGAUAAUUCAACAAAUAGGAUUCAGGCCACAGCGCAGAAUGAAGACGCCGACUUGGAUGAUGUAAAUUUGGGCCCCAGCCCCAAUAGUCAACAACCCGGCGGCGGUAUGGGUGGCCAACAGCAGCCAGUUUUCGCGAUGCCACCGCCAACACAAGCCGGCGGCGCUACUGGCGUAAAUCCGUUCACAGGCGCACCGGUUGCUGCUGCAACCGAGAAUACAUCGCUCAAUGCUACCGAACAGCCGACAUAUACGCCAGAUAUGGUACACCAAAAAUAUUAGAUGCAUUCAUCAACAACAAAAAUUCAAAUUCUAUAAUUUACGUAAAGCAAAUAGUAGCACGCUUCAUUACAGCUGACGUCCAUCAACUCUACAUACAUAAUCAAUAAACAUGCAUACAUAUAUUUGCAAAAAAAAAAA